CCAUGCGACCUUUGUUUCUUUCCUGCGGCCUUAUAUAUUAGGAAUGCUUCCUGUCCCUACUCAAAUGUUCUCAGGACAGUUCACUAUUUUCAUUCGUUCCAGGUUCAAUACAUUCAUUUCACGUCUUGAAGACGCUAAGAAAUUUUCUCUUCGAAGUUGGCUUGAAAUUCCGCAGAUCAACAUCCACCCGUCUUUACCAUUCAAGCUCCAGCUAAUCGCAAUCAUUUGAUUUUCAAGAUAGCAUUCCAUGAUGAAGACUACCUCGUUAUUGGGGCUUCUUGCUUUUGCCGCUCAAGUCUCUGCACAUGGUUUCGUCCAAAAUAUCGUCGUUGAUGGGACUUCCUUCACCGGAUAUAUCGUAACCCAGUAUCCAUAUGAAACCAAUCCUCCAGACUCGAUUGGCUGGAGUGAAUCUGCAACAAAUCUUGGCUUCGUUGCCCCAGAUGAAUAUGCAGGAGGGGAUAUCAUUUGCCACAAGUCCGCAAUCAACGCCAAAGCAACAGCCACAGUCUCGGCAGGUGGGACUGUAACAAUGGAAUGGAAUACAUGGCCCUCCUCUCACAAGGGACCGGUUAUCGACUAUCUCGCGUCAUGUAAAGGAGCAUGCUCAACUGUUGACAAAACAACCCUCGAAUUCUUCAAGAUAGAUGAACAAGGUCUCAUUUCCGACACCACUGCUCCCGGGACUUGGGCUUCGGAUAAGUUGAUGUCGAAUAACAACUCUUGGGUAAUUACUAUCCCUACUGAUAUUGCGAGUGGGCCGUACGUUCUCAGGCAUGAAAUCAUCGCUCUGCAUGGAGCAGGUAGCACGGAUGGCGCACAGAAUUAUCCGCAAUGCAUCAACCUUGAAGUCACCGGUGGUGGCUCAGAUGUACCGGCUGGAACACUUGGUGAGGCUUUGUACAAGGAGACAGAUCCGGGAAUCUUGGUCAACAUCUAUACCACUGGUCUCAGCUACACUAUCCCAGGCCCGGCAUUGUAUAAUGGUGGAAAUGGGGCUGCGGCUACGACGAACGGUGCGGUUUCGUAUGCGCCGACUACAUUGGCUACUUCGACGACCACUUACCCACCCGCUGUAACCCCAUCUGCAGCUCCUUACCUGUGAUGCAUGCUUGCUGAGAAUUGGGUCAGAAGCGGGGUGGAGGAGCCAAUCGGGAUGCUAGUUCAUCUUGAGGCUGUGGAACAUCAGCCAUGUUGGUUUGGGAGAGGUUG